GAGUGCAUUAAUUAAGCUUGACGUCUGGUAAAUUGCUGGUUUUCAAUCAUCGUUCCCAAGGAAAUGAAAUAACAAUGUUUUGAACUAUUACUAAGUCGGUCCAGCUCAACCCUUCGCUAGCUGUCUAACAGUGUGUUACUCAGUAGAGCAAGCAGGUGGAUGGUAUGUCAACAUGGAUAAGAUGGAUAAGUGCAGGAUGUAAUAUGAGCUAAAAGACAAUUGACUCUGAAUAUAGCCACCUUUUCUUUAGCCUUUUUAAUAAAAAAACCCUUACAGCUUCGAUCGAUCCAAAACGUCAAAAGCAUCAAUAUGCAUAUGGGCUCAAAUAUUUUAUUUGAAUUUUUCUUUUCUUUCAGUCGCCACGCAUCAAUUCCUCGUUUCUGGUUCAAUAUCUGUAAUAAUUGACUUUUUAGGGACUAGUACUUAUUAUUCGUAGUUUUAGGCGGACCGGUACUUGUCACGAUUGACCACCUUAGGUGUUUUAUUUAUAUCAGCUGAUACUUGGACUUAUUGUCACUGUAACUACAAGAACCUCCGAGAUCCAAGGAAUAUCAUAAUAAUAGAUGAUAAUGGAAACAUUGUCGUUCAACUAAACUAGGAGGGUUUCUAGCAAGACAUAUCGAAUAUGGAUCAUGAGAAUGGGAAUACAUCGGUCGAUAACGUAUGCGGAACAUUUCAAUCUAUUUGGGCCGACUACAGCGAUCGACUGGAUCGAAAUGUCUACAUCAUCAAUGCUACAUUUAGUGUCAUAUUCUGCUUUCCUACUGUGGCUAUCAACUUGAUUCUGUUUAUAGCUGUUUGGAGAACAUCAACACUCCGUACGCCAUCCAACAUUCUUAUUUGUGUAUUGGCAAUCACAGACUUGUGUGUUGGGAUUGUGGAAAUGAUCUUCGCUGGUUUAUUGUUCAGUAUGAUCACAAAUGCAAUACAAACUAUUAAAUGUGUUCUUGCAGUGUUGAGCCGGCUUCUAGCAAACAUGUUCGCCGAGAUGUCCUUUCUGACCUUCACGGCCAUCAGUGUGGACAAACUGUUGAUGGUUCAUUUUCACCUCAGAUACAACACUCUUGUCACAAUUCCUAAAAUCCUCAUAGCUGUGACUGUGAUAUCAUGCUUGUGCGGUGGAAUAGCAGCGUUGAACUUCAUAAGCAUAAAACUCUACACUGCUUUCAUCGCUGUAAUCACCUGCACUUGUUUCAUCGUCGCAUUCAUUUCCUACAGUAAAAUCUACCGUACAGUGAUACGACAUCAACAGGAAAUCCACGAACAGACGAUGGCUGUUGCUACGAGGGGGGGCAACAACAAGGUGCUGGAGCUGGCUCGAUUCAAGAAGCGUACGUUUAGUAUGAUGUGCAUCUAUUGUAUUUUUUUAUUAUUUUAUUUCCCGUACAUUUUGAUAAUCAUUAUAAUGAUGACUUUGAAACAAGAAAACACUACCCUUGCUGCAGCUAAGAUCUACUCCAUUACUUUCAUCUUUCUCAACUCGUUUGUCAAUCCUUUGCUCAUCUGUUCGACAAUGAGAGAGAUACGAAAAGCGAUGAGACACAUGCUAAGCAUUACAAAGCAAAAAAAGAAUGGAACAUAAUCUAUGGCAGAGUUUGAGGUCUUUGAGAUACUGUAUAUAGAAAGGCAGACGUGCGGUCGGUUGGACUGACCCGCCACUACUUGUGAAUUAUUGGAUUUGCUCUCUCUCUCCUUCCUCCCUAAAAAAACAACUUCUAAAAUUACGAGCUCUGAACCUAAAACUGAUUGCCUCAGAUUGUCACUCGAAAACGAAUUAAUGGGAUCUUUACUUUAGAGCUUUUUAACGUUAAGUGCAUGUUUCCAGAAUUUUUUCGCUUGUCAGGAUAUAUAAGUUGAAAAUAGUCAGUUUUAGGAGGUAAACCUAGUCUUGCUAUGCAUCCGGUGCUCAAGACUGUCACUAGCAUGCUCUUCCUUUUCUGUCAAAACUUGUUUAUGAGCAUCAGGGCACCGGUAAAUGAUUAUAUCCCACUGUUUCGUUCGCCUCUAGAACAUGUCUUUAAAAUGAUGAAUAACCAAUGAAAUAAAUCAUCUUUGUAGUGUGUCAAA